CAAGAAGUUUCCGUACCUGCAGAACAAGACCAGGUUCCAUCCAGCUCACAAAGCUGCUCCAGGUGGCACAUGAGGCCCCUCCUGCCAGGGCCAGAGCUUCUGCUCCCAGUGUCACCCCGCAGCCACCAACAAGCUUCAGGCAGGACAGAAAAAUCGCCCUAGGAGGAAACUGCACAUGAACCCACAGCAAAUGCACCACAGCCAGAAUUUUGACAGGUAGACAAUGGAUUGGUGGAAGGGAGUCAUAGGCCGCAGCUGGAUUUAUCCCACGUUGAUCAUCUGUGCAAAUGGAUUUUUCUCCACAAUGAGGCCAUCAGAACCAUUUCUCACUCCUUACCUAACUGGACCAGACAAAAACUUAACAAUUGAAGAGGUUACCAACCAGAUUUUCCCUGUUUGGACAUACUCCUACCUUGCACUCCUUGUCCCAGUCUUCCUGAUCACAGACUAUGUGCGCUACAAGCCCGUCCUCCUCCUCCAGGGCAUCAGCUUCAUCACCACGUGGCUCUUGCUCCUCUUUGCACAUGGAGUGGUGGCCAUGCAGGUGGUGGAAUUCUUCUACGGGAUGGUGACAGCCACCGAGGUCGCCUACUACGCCUACAUCUACAGCGUCGUCAGCACCGAGCACUACCAGAGAGUGACGAGCUACUGCAGAAGUAUCACUCUUGCUGCAGCCACCGUCGCUGCCGUGCUGGGACAGCUGCUGGUUUCCUUAGCAGAUGUAUCCUACUUUCACCUUAACGCCAUUACUUUGGCUUCCGUGUCCCUGGCAUUCCUGUGCUCCUUUCUGCUCCCAAUGCCUCAAAAGAGCAUGUUCUUCCACAGGAAAGGCAUCCCAGGAACACUCCCAGGCCCAGAUAAAGUUGUGGCUACAGCUGACUUGAGGUGCCAAGAGGACCAGGGCUCUGCACCUGCUGGCAGGGGACCAACACCUGAGCCACAGGCUGACCAUGCCAAGCCCCAGAACCACGUGCUCAGAGUACUGGUGCAGCUGGGCAAGGACUUGAGGGAUUGCUACAGCUCAAGGAAACUUCUGUACUGGUCCCUGUGGUGGGCUCUGGCUACAGCAGGCUUUAACCAGAUUGUGAAUUACAUCCAGGUGCUGUGGGACUUCAAAGCCCCCUCUCACAGCUCUGCCGUGUACAAUGGAGCUGUUGAAGCAAUAGCAACUUUUUUAGGUUCAGCAACAUCCAUGGCAGUUGGAUAUGUCAAAGUAAACUGGGAUCUUUCUGGAGAACUGGCUUUGGGAAUUUUCUCCGCAAUGGAUGCUGGCGCUCUCUUUCUCAUGCACUUUACUGACAACAUCUGGGCAUGUUAUGCUGGUUACCUUGCAUUUAAAGCAUGCUAUAUGCUCCUCAUAACAAUAGCAACGUUUCAGAUUGCUGUCAAUCUAAGCAUGGAGCGUUACGCACUGAUGUUCGGCUUCAACAACUUUGCUGCACUGGUGAUUCAGACAAUUAUAACUGUUGUUGUAGUAGAUUCGAGAGGUCUGGGUCUGGAUAUCAGCACCCAGUUUCUCAUUUAUGGCAGCUACUUCGCAUUCAUAGCUGGCAUUUUCCUGAUCAGAAGCAUGUACACCAUUAUCUCCACCAAAUGCAGACAUACCAGUGAGGCUGGUGAAAGUACUGAUCUUUAACCACAGAGACAAAAAGAAAGGUUGCAAGCAAUAGCACAGAAGGCUGCAGCAUCGGCACACCAAAUUAGGAGAAUCAUGCUCAAUCAAGCAAGACUGGUCAAUGGUGAAAGAGGCUGUUUGUGAGCCUACAGUAGAAAGAGCUGUGUUGACACAACAAUGCAUUUUGCCCAUUUUCUUCACCAACCCUCCAACAAUCGUCUAUUUCAACUCCAAUAUAAUCAUCUAACACCAAAACUCCUAUUAAUGUUCAAUAAGCGUAACAAGAAGUACAUACAAAUGCCUGACCACCACACAGAACUCCUAGAACGCAACCUUUGAACUCUCACUUUUGAGUUCUUCAAUUAAAGGCAUUUUAGUAGUAGCCAUAAGACCUUCAAAAAUUCUUACAGAAUGUGAAGAAGCAGUUGUCCCACAGCAGCAAGAUGAUCUGUUGGGAAGCUGGCCACAGAAGCCUCUUGACUAUUUAAGACUUUUUCAACUGGAAGCUGCAAUAUGCAUUCUUAAAGCCAGUUAAAUACCAAUAAACCUAUUUUUUCCAAAAGAUGCUACUUCUGUAUGUUCAAAGGUGGAUUAGUACAAUGCUACAUAGCAUAACAAUACUGCCACUUCAGUUUACUAAAGGCCAAAUGCAGCCAUUUCGGAUUCUAGACAGACACCACACUCCUCGGGAAUCUGAAGUUACAGGACAUGUCUUAUCUGCAGAUAAUCUGCUACCGGUACAGUGACAGUUUUACUGUGAGUUUGUUGAAGAUGUAUGAAUACAACACAAACUUCCCUUCGAGUGCCUGUCAGCUGCCAGGACCCACACACUUAUCUUUGGAAUCAAAAAAACUCCUAAACUCACUUUAUUUUUAAGCCAUGAUGACACACUUCAAAAAAGCAAAAUACUUGGAUCAUAUUUAUAGUCCUCUUUCAGGAAUUCCAACCCAAUUUGGUCCUUUUCAAAUGUAUUUUUUGCCUCAUAUUUGUUUCACCAGUGCUUGGUAAUUUGCAGCCAUUAAAUAACUUUGAACUGCAGUACCCGGACAUCACAUCUGCCUUGUAGAACUCAGGAUGUACCUCUUACAGCAUCAUCUUAUGCAUGUUAGAGCUGACAUGUUAGGAUUAAAAGUAUUAAUCUAGAAGGUCUCAAAAUGAAUUUCUGUAUCAAAUGAAGUGCUUUGAUGCUAAAGCAGAAGAAGAUACUGAAAAGCUAGUGGAAGUAUAAUUUUUUGUGCAGCUAUGCUACUUGCAUGAACAACUGCAGAGAUUUGGGAGAUAAAACCAUUUAUAGUAAUGGGUGAAGAACUCAUUUUGUAAAUACGGCUAUUUAAAAAAAAAAAAAUCCAAUCAACAAAACAGCUACAGUGUCAGUUCCUGUUCAAUAUAAAGGAGACUCAGAACAAUACAUCUUCAACCACUUGUCUGGAAUUUGACAAGCUUAAAAUUAGUGAACAUAAAGGUUUGGCAACCUCAACCAGUAUCUGCUUUCAAGCUAGUUAUGAAAAAUAAGGUAUUCCACUAUUUCUGCAGCAUCAUCUAAAGCUACAUGCUUUGCAUAUAUAAAUGAAUCUCAGCAUCUCUUAGCAGUAAUCAGCUUCAUUUGGAUCAGAACAACUUCAAUAGAUGCUGAUCUCAUUAGCCAUUGCCCAAACCUUAAUUUACAUCGAUUUAGGUGAAGAGAACACAGAACUGUUCCCCUUCUACAAGGCUGUUCAUUUUGUUGAUUUGAUCCAGUUCCCUGCAAUAAGCAUAUUUAAGUGGUCCUUAAGUCCUCUGAAGCCUUGCAGUUCUCUGCUCUCUACUGCAUUCACGUUGCAAUCCUAAAACAGGUAAGAUUAACAGCACGGAAGAACUACAGCUAUCAUACUGUGGUGAGAGCAAGGGCAUUGCCAACAUCCUGGCAACCCUCUAUUGCUGGGGAUUUGUUUAGUGAAUUUUCCAGAGAAUCUUGGGAAUUAAACUAUACACCAUACUCUAUCCAGCAGUCCUCAUCAGAAGGAAAAGACAGACUUCAGGUCUGUUUUAAGUAUGCCAACAGGACAAAACCAGACAUUUAAGUGAGGAGUGCUACUAUAAGUAACUUGUUGUAUAAGCUGCCUGUGCCCAGGCAGCUUUUCUUUGGGAAAAAAAGAUACAGAAGUUACAACCCCCUUGUAGGCAGGUAACAGAAGUCAAAAAUCACUGGUCUAAGUGUUUUACAAACAGCAGUCAAGCAUUUCAGCUUCCCUAGACACAGGCAGAUCUAACAUUCAGGCUACACAUUUCAGGUUACACAUAAAAUGUCUUACUUACCUUCAUGAAUUUUCAUGUUUCUCUCAAAUGGUCUCACACAUCCUUUUCUCAAAAAUCAAUCUGAUCUUAUUUAUUCCUGUUAUCUUGAAAGGUGUUAGAAUUUUUCUCUCCAUCUGGUCAGAAACUUGUUUUCAAUCUUGCAGUUUAUGUAUUCAUGAUACAUUGACAUUAUUUGCUUAGUUCCAGUAUUAUGUUGAACUUAAGCCACGUUAUCUUUGUUUAAAACACCAUCACCAACUACUUUAACGCAGAGUUAUAUUUUUCUGAAACCUCCUUACUAACUACAGACUAGACAAGUCAGAUAUUUUUUCCCCUCUACAAAUUCUAUUUUAGUUUGGCAGGAAACAUUCCAGUAAAUAAAAGAGUAAUUGAUGAAUUUAAUAUUCCACAAGAAGGCUUAUAACAUAUAUCAAUUUUUAAUAAAGAGAUUGCUAUUAUAUCUGUGGUACCUUGUUCUGCUAUUAUACAUACCGCCCUGAUCACAACUAAGUCUUGUUCCCAGACUCUCAUUAGCUACCCAUAAUGAUGUCUUUUGCAGUUGUCUCAAGUAACUACACUCCUCAGUGCUUCCAGUGUACUUCCCCACACAGCUAUUCUGUCAAACUAAUCCAAGUUCACUUCACAUUUUCCUGUUCGCUAUGUCACUGUGCUUGUGCCAGAAAGCAAGCUUAAUCACAGGGACACAAAGAAACAUACCCAAGUGAGGCAGACGAAAAUUAAGCUUAACUCACCUUUAAGCAUAUCACUUUUGAUAACACAUCUGUGUAUGAGACUCACCAAUUACAUACAUUUUUAACCCCAUAAAACAUUACUGCACAGAAACGAUGCUACACAAUUGCUUUUUCUAAUAUUUAUUUUUUUUCACCUGCAAACUGUAGCAAAACAUGAUCAGCUUUAUUAUGCAGACAGGUAUCCCUCUAACAUUAGAGAUUUAGGCAUGUAUAAAUAGAAGAGCUCUUAGGAAAGAAAAACGUUUUGAGAAAUGAACGAACCUUCAAUUUAACUUCAUGACCUCCAAUACCAAUGGUUAAAAUGAUGUAGAUCAUUCAUUCCAAGAGAUACAACAGCACCUUAGGGUGGCUGAUCUAUUUCCCAGUAACAUUUUUCACAUAACAAUGUGUUAAAGUUACAAAUACUGAUAUGCACAAAUAGCUAUUUUCUAAGAAAAAUAUGUACAGUACUGCAGCAUAAUGAAUGUGGUAUCUGCAAUAACUUAUUAGCCAAUUUUAAUAUACAUGAUACCGCUACUUUUUACCUGCCAGUUCAUAGGUUCAAGGAUGUUACCACAGCCCUCUGUUUUGCACAUUAUUACCUGGUGGGGGGGGUGAUUUUGUUGGGUUUUUUUGUGUAAAUUUUUUAAUUUUGUUUUUAAAGGUACACAAUGCAGGCUUUUAUUUAUACUUCUUAAAGACUUCUUUUGUGUUUAAAGCUAAUAUCAGUGAAACAAGACAACAGUGCAAGAGGCGCAGAGAUGUUAUGUGACCACAUAAGAGUUCUUUUGGGUAAAGUGUCUAUAAGGCUAUAAGAAAGGAUUGGUUGAAGAGCUUCCUGUUGGAAAUUGUCCUGUUGGUGCACCAGCC